UUUGCUUCUCUGUCACAAUUUCUCUUUCUCUCUCUCACUCUCAAUUUCACACACAGACAAACGACACCGAAACCAACUUCCAAAGUGCUCUUCCCACUGCCUCUGCUGCUGCUUUACACAGAUAAUAAUAAUAAUAAAUAUUUUUUCAACUACUUUUUUCCUCCCACAAAAACCCAAAAUUUUUGUUUUACAAAAUCUUAACAUAAUAUUAUUCGUAAAUUUGUCUAGCAGCAAAAAUACAAUGCAUGGGCAAUGUACUUACUUCAAUGCUCGCCGUACAACUUCUAUCCCUGCUAUUUCAUCUUGAAACCCUACAACAAAGAUUCUGUUGUUGUGGAUCCAUUUCAAAUAGUUGAAACCAAGGGAACUGUCCAUUUAGUAUAGAAUCUGUAAAAAGCAGUGAAAUUACGACAUUGGGUCGAUUUGCGAUGUAUUGUGUCGAUUUGAUAAAGAUAACAAGCUAAGAAAUCGAGUGAUUCGGGAGAGUUAAUUUAGAGGGUGAAGAAUGGCAGCGGCGUGGGAUCAUUUUGGAGAUAUUGCAAACGUCGCACAGCUAACAGGGCUAGACGCGGUGAAGCUUAUCGGGUUGAUUGUUAAGGCUGCUAGUACGGCCCGUAUGCAUAAGAAGAAUUGCAAGGAAUUUGCAUUGCAUUUGAAGUUGAUUGGAAAUCUUUUACAGACACUUAGGAUUAGCGAGCUGAAAAAGUAUCCGGAAACACGUGAACCUUUAGAACAGCUUGAGGAAGCAUUGAGAAGGUCUUACAUUUUGGUCAAUAGUUGUCAAGAUCGGAGUUACUUGUACUUACUUGCUAUGGGAUGGAACAUUGUUUACCAGUUCAGGAGGGCACAAAAUGAGAUUGAUCGUUACUUGAAGAUUAUUCCACUCAUCAGUCUUGUGGACAAUGCUCGAGUCCGGCAGGAAAGAUUGGAAUAUAUUGAGAGGGACCAGCGUGAAUACACAUUGGAUGAUGAAGACAGGAAAGUGCAAACUGUUAUCAUGAACCCUAACCCUUCACAUACUGAUACUGUUGUUUUGAAGAAAUCUCUUUCGUGUAGCUACCCAAACUUACCUUUCAAGGAGGUUAUCCAAAAGGAAAAUGAAAAACUUCAUUUGGAACUUCAACGAUCACAAUCUAAUUUAGAUGUAGGGGAAUGUGAAGUAAUUCAACAUCUGAUUGAGGUUACCCAAGUUGUUGCUUCAAAAUCUCAACAUGAACAAGAUUCAUCAAAGAAGGCUUCCAAGAAGACCGAGUCUCACUAUACAGAUGACAGCACCAAUGAAGAAGUUCAAUAUGAGAAGGAACACUCAACUUCAAGAAGUACUGCUAUGGUUUUGUAUGAAGAACAAGAUUUACCCUCAACUAAAACAUCUUAUGGACAUGGAGAAUGGCAUUCAGAUCUUCUUGGUUGCUGUUCAGAACCUAAGAUGUGCUUAAAGACUUUCUUUUUUCCUUGUGGCACAUUUUCAAAGAUUGCAACUGUGGCAACAAACAGGCACAUGACUUCUGGAGAGGCCUGCAACGAGCUGAUGGCUUAUUCCCUAAUAUUAUCCUGUUGUUGCUAUACUUGUUGCAUCAGGAGGAAGCUUCGAAAGACCUUCAACAUCACGGGUGGUUGGUGCGAUGAUUUUCUCUCACAUGUCAUGUGCUGCUGUUGUGCCCUUGUGCAAGAACUACGGGAAGUCGAGAUGCGUGGAAUUCAUGGUCCCGAGAAGACAAAAAUUAGCCCUCCAACCACCCAAUGGAUGGAAUCCUAAAGUAAAUCAUAUGAAAUGAUAUAGAUGUUCGAGGAUGACUAUAAGUUAUAUAUGCUUUGUUGCCAUUGUUAAUAUCUCUCGCAUUGACAUUGACUAACUUAGCUUUCUGUAAAGUUGUCUUGAUAGAGUUGGCAUUUGUAUGACAUACUGCUUGUUUUAUCAAAAUAUAUACCAGUAUUUUGUUGGUCUCUA